AUGUGUAUACUUGAGAGUGUCUCCGGCCAUUUUGAUGUUGUUGCUGCUGCUGUUAUUGCUGCUGUUAUUGCUGCUGCUGCUGCUGCUGCUGUUGCUGCUGCUGUUGUUAAUAUUACUGUUAUUGAUAUUACUGUUGUUACUGUUACUGUUGUUGCUGUUGCUAUUAUUACUAUUGCUGCUGCUGUUGAAUGA